AUGUCCAUAUGUUACAGUCCAAGACACAGAUUUUCAGAAGAUAUCGAUUCCGAGAGAGUAGAAAUGGAAUCUUUCAGCAGUCUGCGGUUGGACCACCCUAAUCGCCGAGAAAUUCAUGCGAAUCUGCAGGGAAGAUUGCGAUAUCUAUUGGACUGUCUCCGCAGUGAAUAUACAAGUUUUGAGGGAAGAAUCCAUGAAUUGAAAGAGGAAAUCAGUAGUCCUUCAGCCGGCGGAGGUCGAAUGGAAGUCAUGCGUGACAAUAUGCUUGGAGAGAUUCUCGCGGAAAUCGAAGUUUUGAGUCGUCAGCAGGAAAGUUUAAGUACAAGUAUGAAUACUGUAUCAAUUUGGGGUGGAGAACUUCGACAAGCAAGAUGGCCAUAG